AUGACAGAAGAGGAACUCAAACUUGCAUGCGCAAGAUUAGUGGACAAAUACUCAGACGAUCUCUCAGAAUCUUUGCAAGUGGAAACGUGGCACCUUAAGCCAAUACAUGCAUCAAACUUUGGUAAAGAUAUGGCGCCAUAUCAACUUUUAAAAACAAUAAAAAGAAAAUUUGUUUCCACAAUGCCCGAAGCUGAAAAUGUUAAGGUUGCAGUUCGGGUUCGCCCUUUCAACGCUCGUGAGAAACAGCGAGAUGCAACAAAUAUCAUUUCAAUGGAGGGAUCAACCACAUUUCUCUUUAACCCUGUUGCUCCGAAAGAAGAGCCCAAAAAGUUUGCUUAUGAUUUCAGUUAUUGGUCAAAUGACGGCUACAUAGAGCAAGACAACGGCUAUUGUACGGCGGACCCCAGUCAUCCAAACGGCAGUAAAUUUGCCGACCAGGCCAAAGUCUAUGAAGAUCUUGGAAGAGGUGUUCUUAGUAAUGCCUGGGAAGGCUACAACUCCACAUUAUUUGCUUAUGGACAGACAGGUUCAGGAAAAUCAUACUCAGUAAUUGGUUAUGGUCCAAACAAAGGUAUUGUGCCUUUGUUUUGUGAAGAGAUGUUUCAAGGAAUUGAAGAAAAGAAAUCCAGUGGAGAUGCUACAGAAUUUGAGGUUCGCUUCAGUAUGCUGGAGAUAUACAGUGAGGUGGCUAGAGACCUGCUUGGAAAUACUGGAAAUAAAAAGAAAGGCUUGAAAGUCCGAGAACAUCCUAAGAAGGGUUUCUAUGCUGAUGGUCUAAAGACAUACAUGGUCACAGGAUAUAAGGAUAUUCAAUCCAAGAUUGAAGAAGGAACUCUUAACAGAAGCAUUGCUUCAACUAACAUGAAUGCCACCAGCAGCCGAGCUCACACUAUUGUUGGUAUCACGUUGAUUCAAAAGGCAAAAAAUGCAACAGGGCAAGAAACAGCAAAGACAUCAGUUGUUAAUUUGGUUGAUUUAGCAGGAAGUGAACGUGUAGCAAGCACUGGAGCAACAGGUGACAGACUGAAGGAAGGAGCUGCAAUCAAUCAGUCAUUGUCUUGCUUAGGAAACUGUAUACAUGCUCUUGCAGAAAAAUCAUCUGGUAAAAAUACAAGAGUUCCUUACAGGGAUUCCGUUUUGACUAGGCUGUUAAUGAAUGCUCUUGGAGGCAACAGCAAAACAGUGAUGGUUGCAGCCAUCAGUCCAGCAGAUAUCAACUAUGAAGAGACACUCUCCACCUUAAGAUAUGCUGAUCGAGCAAAACAGAUAAAGACAUUGGCAACAAUAAAUGAAGAUCCCACUGAGAAAAUGAUUCGAGAGUUGAGAGAAGAGAAUGAGAAAUUGAAGAAAGCAUUACAAAGUGGAGAGAUUGGCAUAUCAGAUGGAAAGCCUGGAAUGUCUGAAGAUGAGAUUGCACUUUAUUGGAUCAAGCGGGAGGAAGAGAUGAAAGCUCGAUUGGCAGAAAAUAAUCGUGAGUUGAUGCAAAUGAAACAAUCUUAUGAAGAAAAGAUGAAACAAGCACAGCAACAACAAAAAGUUGAUGACAAUAAAGCAAAGAUUGAAGAAGAAAAAAAGAAACACCCACAUUUGGCUAAUUUGAACUUUGACCCACUACUCUCUGGAAAGAUUACCCACAUUAUAAAGCUAGGAAAAAAUACAAUUGGAAAAAGUGACACCGAUAUUACUCUUUUUGGACCAAGCAUUCAUGAUAUGCAUGCAGUCAUUACCAGAGACAAUGAUGGUGUGAUUAGCAUUGAAGGAUGCAGUAGUGAUUCCCGUAUCCUAUUGAAUGGUGAUCCUGUAACUUCAGAAGUUGUACUCUCACACUGUGACAGGUUAAUGUUUGGCACAACACAGUUAUAUGUAUACAACAAUCCUGAGCAGGCCAAAAAAAGUAAAGAGACUUAUCCAGAAGUUACCUAUGAGAUGGCUCAAGAGGAGAUUGCCAAUAAAGCAGGCAUUAACAUGGAUUCUGAUGAUCACUCUUUAGAGACUGCUCUACUUAAUAAGGAUCUACUGGAAGUUUUGCCUGGAAUAGAUGAAGCUAAUUCCAUUAGUGAAGAGCUUGACAAACGAGUGAAGUUUGAAGUUAUGCUUAUAUCUCCACAGAUGAUAGGCAAGUUGUCAGGAAGGACAGAGGUGCUGGUUAAAAUGCGUAACUUGGAAAAUGAACUUGAGUUUGAGUGGCCAAAAGAUGUUUUCCUAAAUCGAUUGUACUUGAUGAAAGAAAUGUAUCAGAACUAUGAGUCAGGAGAAGAGUGGGACCUACCUGAGGAGAGAGAUCCUUUCAUUGAGCACAUCAAUACAGAAGUACGCAUUGGGAAUGUUCAAGUUUUCCUGCAACCUUUGGCAUAUAUGGUCGAACAAAAAGAACAGUUGGAAAUUACAGAUUUUAAAGGGACUGAAGUGGGAAUCAUGAAUGUGGAAGUUGUACCAUGUACAGAAACUGGAAAAGAGUAUUGUGAAAAUGAUGAUGUGUUUAUAGACAAUCCAGCUGAACUCAUUGGGAAGAAUUUGCACUUCAUAAUGAAAAUCCAUGGAUGUCGUGGUUUACCUAACAAAUAUAGGGAUAUUCGUUGUAAAUAUCGUGUGUUCUUGGAUGAAGAAGACACUGUUUCAGAAAUUGUCACUAGUACAAUUAAUCCGGACUUUAAUCACCAGAAAACUUUUUCUUUUAAACCCGUAACACAACAGCUGGUUGAUUAUCUAAAUAAUGGAGCCAUCAUGGUACAGGUCUGGGGGAAACAAAAAAUUCGAAACUCGGUCAUCCCUAAGGCUGAAGGAAAAAAUACUAAACAGAUGUUUCAGGCCGAUCUACUGAAUCAUGCUAACAACUUGGCUAACGGUUUUAGGAUGAAUGGCAGAACAGUAGAUCCCAAUAAACAAAGUAUCAUUGUGGAGCUACUACUAAUGAAAAAACAACAAGGAAGACAACAACAACGACUGGAAAACUUCAAAAAACUGAUCAGUGUAGCAGAAAAACAAAAUCAAAGAUCUGUUCCUGUUUACAUAAUCAAAGACCUUAUGUCUGCAAGCACACCUGAAGCUGCUGAGCCAAUUUUAGCCCAACUAUCAUCAGAUGACGAAUAUGGUGAUUACAAUCGUGUCCGCAGUUCUUCAGCUUGCAUUCUUCUGUAGUGUGUGUGUACAAGAAAGUCUCUUAAACAAUUAUACUGGCUAGCUUGGAAUAGUUUUUACCAUCCAUCCAUAUUUACUACUGUAGAAGGUAUCCAACCAUUUCC